AUGGCCUUUGUUUGGGAGGAGCUGAGGUUUCUGACAACCCACUCUGGUCACUGCAAUGCUGGUCCACAGAUGGAGUCUGUGGGCCUCCUACCAACGAUAGGUCUACUGCUACAUGAGGGUCAAGUGCUGGCGGUGGGGUGGGGGUUGGGGGUGGUGCAAGGGGACAAAAGAAAGUACCUGAGGAAAUCCAGCAACCAGGGAAGGAAAGCAAAGAGAACCACCUGUGAUAGGUGUAGCUCUAAGAGCACAGGGAUUUCACCUGCUCAGUGCAGUAACUGCAUCUGGAGCAGGCCCCGCAAGUGCUUCUGA